UACAUUAUGAACAUGACAUGGUCGCGCCGCGGAUGACAGAAGUCAAACGGUCGGAUCGGUUGCUAAAUGCGAGAACUGCGAGAAGUUGUAGAUUGUUUCGCGAGACUCGAUAAAUCGUCAAGUGCGAGAAGUAGUGUAAAUUGUGCACGCCGAGUAUUUAAUCUCAAUGUCCAAGAGCAACAGCAUUCAUGACUUCAAGCCAGAAUAUUGCAAUGGACGUUGAUUCCCCGGCGGGGACGUUGAAGAGGUGUUCGAGUGCGCCAAUGAUCAACGAGAACAGCACUACAGGAAUGACAACUUCACCCCCAGCUUCAACCUCCUCCAGGGAAACGAGUAUAAUUAAUUUACUAGGAUCUAGUAAUCAGUCGCGGCCUCGUCGUUUCAGCGCCAGCUCUAGUCCACUUUCAGCUGGAUCACCUAAAAUCACACCCCGAAUUAGUCAAUUAAGGCAAGAGGAAUGCGUCGAUGUCAACAACUCGCGCGAGCUGGCGCAUGAGCGCGAAACUCAUCACACAAUGCAAAUAUCUCAAUCCUGGGAAGACCUUAGGCUUGUUUCUGAUAACCAGAAGCCAAAUAAAAUGUCUCCAUUGCAGUUGAAUUUACCUCCAUUUGGUAACUACUGCACUUCACCUUCCCCUAGUAGAUUACCAUAUUGUACUUCACCUGGAAUACUCAGCCCGACUCGUACGUCACUCACUCGUCGUUCCGCCAGCCCAGUGUUCCGACCGAGCACGCUAGGCGCGAAACGUAAGCUAGACAACAAAUUGGAUGACAAGCUGGACUUCCACAGCAGCCCGCGUGCUAAACGUAUGAGCUACGGUAAUGACCGCGGCGGCGGGUUGCUUACCACUUCUAGCCCACUACCGGGAAGUCUCAGUUCUAUAGGAACGCCUGAAAGCAUCUCCAGCGCAGAUUCGCCAAGCUUCCAGUUUCGAAUGAUGGACAGUCCUUCGCCCAGUCGGCCCGGCGUUGAGCAGAUGGUGGUUUCUAAGCAGGACCAUGAGAUGUCAGAGCCGCCGAGUUAAGGCAGUUGCGUGUGAUCAACUUCUUCCGUUGAUUCUAUUACGACGUGCCAAAAUUAUUAUAUCUCUUGUUAUUAUUUUCCUAUAUGGAGACAACACAGUUGUGCGCCCCCAUGUUAAUGAUUUGCUUCUCUGAACAUCAUUGCAAGCAAACUCAUAACAUACCUGUAGAUAUUAACGCGGGUGUUUUCAACAAUAUUUCAAGAUCAAUUAUGUACAUAUUUUUUGUAAGAAGUCUGACCUUGCGCAGACUAGGACUAUGAGCAUACUGCUACAUUUUAGGAUCGGCGAUUACACAAGACAUCCUUCUAACAAACAAACAGUUAAACAGAUGUAUUUAAUGAGUAGAUCAAGUAGGGUUUUGUAAAUGUAAACUUUAAACGCUUGUGGGAUGAUUUUCUAACAAUAGUCGAAGUGGUAGUUAAAAGAUGUUUGAUUAUUUGUAGUUGAUUUGAGUAAUUCGUUUUGGUUCUUCCUUAGAUAUAAUCUUAAUCGCCGACUGCAAAUAUUAAUAUCUUAAAUUCAAAACAUGCUGAAUGUAUACACGUCUAGUCCACGUUAGGAAGGAAGGUUAAUGUUAAAAUUAAUUUAUUGGUUCCUCGACAUUCGAAUUUCAAAAUUUUCAAACCAUUAGUGCGUCUACCAAUUCACUAUCAUAGUAUAACAGAGUAUUGCAUUGAUGUGUAUCUAUUAGUUGCCGAGAUAUUUUUUACAACGCAUAAGUUAACCUUUAGUUACAAUUAACAGAACAUUUGAGAAUUGAGCAAUAUAUGUAUUUGAUUGUACAUACUAAAUGAUAAGUCAAAAUGGUAAACUUUUAAACACUUGUCAUGAUUUACUUGCAUAAAGAUAAAUCAUUAUUCGAUUUUGAAAGUUAUGUUUAUUUAAUGACUACAAUUACAAUAGCUUCGAAGUCAGGUUGAAAGACUCGUCAUCAUAACGUUUCUAUGUAUCCGAAUUGAAUUACACAAUGUAAUUAUAAUUCUAAUUGAAAGAUGGAUAUAGACUGAGUAAGAUUACAGAAAUACAUUAACUACAUAUGGCAA